AUGAUACAGGAAGACGACGUCUUACCUCGAGCAACCGAGCUGCCAUUUUUGUCAGCACUUCAUGCGAAGAGCGACACAACAAACCCUUUUGGCUAUAAACUUGGUGAGUCAACAGAAAACAACAAAGCUCUACUUUUCUUCUCAGGUAAGGAAACAGUUCAAACUUUUAGCGGUUCCAUUUAAGCCAUUACGCUGUUGUUUGCGAAAUGAUAAACUUGUGAAUUGCCAUGUUUGAAAAUUCCGCAAAGAUCUAUUUUUAAACUUACGCGUGAUUUGAUCUGUCAAUGAAAUCGUGCUUUUUAAUGGUUUCCUCUCUGAUUUUGUUGAGAUCACUUCGUGUGUAUGUACUAAAACAAUUAUUCUUUUCAAUCUCGGUGAAUAGUGGCUUUGGGAAUAUUUACCUCGCCGCUUUCGCGGCUCGGUAAAUAUUUUGCCAUUAUUCACCUCGAUUUCAAAUAAUUGUUAAUUAGCCGAUUUAAUGGAUAGAGUGUUUGAGUCGGAAAAGAGUUUCCAACCUUUAAAACAACCAAAGCCUGUACUGUGUAUAAAUAUCGUAAAAUUAUGAAUUCUAACAACUGUCUCAUUGAGACGAAUACCCUUGAUACUUUUCAUUCACGAUAGCGAGCUUACAGACGAGCUUCUGCUUAUCCUUGGAUAAAAGCACUGGAUGAAUUUCGCAGAAAUGCAGGUAAAUAAGUCUGGCCAUGUAUUAUUGAGACAGGCACUACAUGAACAAAAAAUACAAUGUCAGUAAAGAAAAGGCUAUGCCCUUGUAUAAAUACUUAUUCUACAAGCCUUGUCAGUCAAACAGAACAAGUUUAAUUGCUAAAGUCGUUUUCAAAAAAAAUUUAUAAUUGUCUCUUGCAAAUAAAAUAAGUCACAAUCAUACUGAAUGUACCACAACCUGUUCAUUUUCAACAACCAAAAAAACCAUUUCACGAUGGUCGGUUGCUAGGGCUUUUGCUCCCGUUUGGUUCUUAAAUUCAAUUUCUGGCUUACAGAGGGGUAGUUUAUAUUUCAAAUGAAGCAAAACAUUAGAACAUCUUAAUUGGAGAAAAGAAUUCUUUAAAUUUUUUCAAUUGUAAAGGUAUUUUUUACUUUUCUUGAAAGUAUGACGUCAUAAGUGACACCUAUUUUUAGUAACAACGUUAAAAAUUCGAUAAGCAGUGUUCAAAAUGCUACAAACAUUUUUGUUACAGAAAAACAAUAUUUACAGUGAAAACCCCAUCUCAAUCGGAUAAAAUGGCGUGAAGUUACAUUUAAUUAAAGAAAUUCAAAUUUCCCGCCUCAUGACCAUAUAUGUUCAAACUUUAGGGGUAUUUUAACGCGAAAACAAUGAAGGUAGUCGCAACGGAAAAAAGACAAAGCUGCAUAAAAUCAAAAUUGUAGUUUUUUGAAUUAGGCAUAUGUGGUGCUAUGACGCGUAUUUCGUCACAAAUUACGUCAUUAUGACGUCAAAAUGACGUAAUUCGUGACGAAAUAUGCGUCAUAGACCACACAUCCUAAACUCAAAAAACUACAAUUUUGUUUUUAUGCAAAUUUGUCUUUUCUCCGUUGCGACUACCUUCAUUGUUUUCACGUUAAAAUACCCUAAAGUUUGACCAUAUAUGGUCAUUUGGCGGGAAAUUUGAAUUUCUUUGAUUAAAUGUAACUUUGCGCCUUUUCAUCCGAUUGAGAUGGGGUUUUCACCAGAAAUCAUAGAAUUCUAUACAGAAAACUAAUGUAAAAUUUUUAGCAUUUCUUUCCUGAAUUUUCUUUCUGAUGCCAUAUUUGGACAUCAUUUAUGACGUCACAAUAGAGGUCACAUGGGAUGAAAUAAACACCAAUAAAUAGGUAAUUUAUCAACUUACUUCCUUGUCAAGUUUUGUUACAUUCGAUGCAUUCUACUUCUCUCUACGGCCUUAAACUCUCAGUUUUGAGAGGUACGAGAGCAAAAGCCCUAGCAACCGACCACCGUGUUUUGGCGUGCAGGUUCUGAUCUGACCCGUGUGCAUUAGGUAACGGAGCUUGUUGAACAAGUUCAGCAGCCCAAACGUGGAUUUGAUUCUCUCCACAGACAAAAAAUUAAUUUUUCUCCUCAUGUGAGCACAUUUUCACAAAAAAAUUAAAAUACUCAUAAGGUGAAAAUUUUAUCUUUUAAUUGAAAGUACUCAUUACCAGGAGGACAUCUGUCAAAAAUUUGGCAAUUUGAACACAACGUGAUUUUCUUAGAAGUUUCCUUUUUGAAGCGUUCAAAAUUUCCCCAUUUUGGCUCUCCAUUCGGCUUAGUCUUCUCUCGGAUGCCUCUCGGAAACAAAGGGGCUGUGAGGUAGAUUGAGGAACUAUGAAGUAAAUUAAAGAACAAGUGAAUUUAGAUUCAACAAAACGAGUAUGGAGUUCAAUUUGCACACUGAAACAGCUGCUAAAAGGUAACACAUGCCAGUAACUUCGUUGCAGUUAGAUGCAACAACACUGGCGACCCUAAGAAACAGACAGCAAGCAUAAAAAUGAUCCUGAUUUUCAGUUCCUGAAUUUAUUUCUCAUGACGUCACAUAUGAGCCAGUCGAUUUCGUGACCACUGGAACGGGUGUGCCAAAGAAAUUUAGACUCAAAAAAUUGCUAAUAAAAAUCUCAUUUGUUCAAAACGAAAAAUUCUUUCGAAGAGGUUCUUGAAGUACCAUGUUCUUUCAGUAAACAAAAUAACAAUUUUUACGUUAUACCGAGGCACAUUAGAGAUCGUUAUUUAGUUAUUUAGGAGCUUGUGUGAUCUAUUAGGUGACCUGAGCUACUAGACCCAAAGUCAUGAUUUAAUUAGCAUACUGAAAUGAUACUUUCAUUUGUUUUUUGUUGUUUCUUUCGUUCUACAGCUUGUGACAUCGACCUUGGACUCGUCAUGGAUAACACUAAAGGCAACUUUAAUCUCAUAAAGGACUUCGCGAAGGAACUUGUGGGCAAAUUUCAAGUCUCAGACGACGGUACGCGUGUUGGAGCCAUUACAUUCGGGCACGGAGCACAUAUUCGUCUUCUGUUCAGUGAUCUAAAAGGCAAAGAAAACAACUUGCAGAAUGUGAAGGAACAGAUCAAUAGAUGGCGUGAAGGUUCUCCCGUUUAUGAUAACAAGACUAGUAUCAGCGAAGCUCUACGUGUUGCUAAAGAUUUCCUGUUUAGGACUUCCAGUGGCAUGAGAUCCGGGCUAGUAGAACAGGUAAUAAGCCUUCUUCAUUCCUCUGACACCCCUGAGGAGCCUUGAGAGUUCUCGCAGCGUGUGUCUUAGGAGGCCGUGUGUGUAUUGUGCGCCCAUUGCUGGGUUGCAUCAUUCCCAUGACACUCAACGCCCUUUGCAAACACUAAGGGCUUGUUUACAUGGAGGUGGGGGACCCAAGGUAGGUGAGGUAACCCGCUUAGGUGGGGUAAAAAAGUAACCCCCGUUUACAUGCAACCUUACAACCAAGCCAUCGCCGGGUGCACUUUCUCAAGAUUAUUGAAUGGUCGCUAAGCGCGUAAACAAAAAAAUGGCUGGCGAACAACGUGUUUUGUGGAUUAAUGCUCUUCUACACUCUCUUGCUGCUCUUGCUACAACCUUCAGUGCUGUGGUUUUUUAUUGUUACCUUCAAUUAUCUUAAGCCACCGCCAAAAGUAAAUUUUGCGCCAAUUUGAUGCAUAGCGAAAACGACCCUGACUGAGCGGGUUACCCCACCUUGUAUGACACGAUAAACAGUAUUGUAUUGAAACGUUCACAUGGCAAAAUUUGACCCUGGCUGAGGUUAUCCGGUCUGGCAGAACGGGCUACCCGCCUUGGCGGGUCACCCCUUCUAUCAUGUAAACUGAAUCAAAUUACAAGCGGGUGGUCCCAACUAGGCGGGUUACCUCACCUACCUGGGGUCCCCCACCUCCAUCUAAACAGGACCUUAAAGAGGGGAAAACUGACGGCAGACCCAUGCACUGCAGUGAAAUCACAUUGAUUGAGACCUCUGAGUAGACAAACGAUGUUUUCACACGUGAAAGAAUCGUUUGCGUCUUGUUAUUUCUGUAUUAGGGUGUACGGUUAUAACACCCGUUUUUCUUUUGUUUUCGUGAUAGGUACUCGUGCUUUUCACAAACGGAAAACAAGACAUGGGGCAGGUAGCUUCUACUCUCAGAAGAAUUCAGGAACUACAAAAUAAAGGAAUAAAAAUUAUCAUUGUGGGUAUUCAAAAACCAGACCCUAUUGAGCUGUUGAAGCUUGCCGGUGGAAUCGAGAACAUGCAUUAUCUGAAUUCUGAGGGCAGGAUUACAAGCAUCGCUACCAAAAUAUUCCAGAGUGUAUGCAGUAAAGCCUAGGAUUUCAACAGGCUUCUAACUUUGGCAUAAUAAUUAUAAAUGCUAAAUGCUUAAUGAAGCCUCCAUAAGUCUCGGCAAAUAUAUCAUAUACAUACCAGUUUAACCAUUGUAGUCAACACUGAAUAUAACGGCGCGCUUUGAGUCCUGAAUAAUUGAUGCAAACUCAGAUAUUUCGCAAAGAGUUUCAGAACUCCUGCGUUAAUUAACACGUAGGUUACAAUGAUGUUACUUUUCUCAUGUAUCAUUAUUGUUUCAUUUCAAAAUAAAAUGUGGAGUCGGGAAUAAUUUCAUGGCGCAUGGUUCUCAUUCAUGGGCUAAGACAGGGACACCCAACGAGAAUAUAGUUCAAAACCACUUGACAUAGCAUUGUUAAACGUAUUUUAGUAGUUAAACGGAAGAUAUAAGCAUAUUUUUAUCCCCUAAAAAUUUCUCAGCUGUUCGGAUUUCCUAGCUGAAAGUCUACUGAUCCGAAUAUUAUAGGGAUCAAAACUUACUUUUUCGAAAAUUUCAGCCAAAAAAAGGCUCCUGAAAAUUCUAGGUGACCUUUUUAGGGUAAAAAUUCGUAAAAAUGGGCAAUUAUACCAAUUUUUAGAUGUACGAAAAUCCUGGGAGAGGCAGGUAAGCAAGAAAUUUUACAACAAAUGUGCCGAAAAUUCUAGAUCUCAAAUCGUCUUCCGAACAGAUAUUUUCCGAAAAUUGACGUUGGGCCGCCCCUGCUGAGAGUUAACAAGAUCUGACGCAGCAUAGCAGCAGGGACAAAUAUUCGGGGCAUUAAGCACAAAACUUGACCACGGCCCUCAGUUUUUAUUUGGGAAAAAUAAAAAAUAUAAAAAAAUAUAUCGCCUUAUCUUACCGUAUCGUGUUGCAAAAAAUCAGAAUACAGUAUCUUCUCUCGUGGACCG